AUGGGGGGGCUUGCACCACUGGAAUGGCAGAUGUCUGUUGGCACUGUCUUCGUCAUGCGCAAAGACAAGAAGAAGCUGCUCCUUGAACAUGUUCACGCGCUUGUCGAAUACCACCAGCAUCAUCUCAUGCGUUUCUUCGCAGAAGCGUCCCCGGGCAUACACUCCGAUGGUCAGCCAUCUUUAAAGCGAGACAAGGAGUGGGUUGUGAGGCAGAUCAAUAAAGAGAAGUUCCAGGAGUACUAUGUGGCUUGGAAGUUGAGGCAGUCAGAAAAUACAAAGGUGCAACAGAUCUCGCCUUACGACAUUUAG